AUGUCGAACCAAACUCAGCAAAUUAUUGCUACGCUUGACGCAGUUCACCCUGAGGCGUUCGGCGGUAACGAGGUAGAGCGCCUCGAAGUUCGCGCGGCUGCACGUCGUCUGCUUGCCAGAGUAGAAUCACCCUAUGAACGCGCAUGGGGCUUUUGUUUCGAACACCCUGUCGUCUUUGCGGCUCUGCAAACAUGCAUCGACGUGGGUCUCUGGAAAGCCUGGACUGGGAUUGGAGGUGAUGAGAAGACCAUUGAUCAGCUGGCAAAGAUGACUACCCCUACCGUUGAUAUUAAUCUUCUGCGUCGUCUCUUCCGCCUGCUAGCAGCUUUCAACGUUGUUGAAGAGACAAGUAAAGACAAAUUCAAGCCGACACCAUUUUCAUACGCCAUUGGUGACGAAAGCACGAAGGUCCGCGCCUCACUUCAGGCAGCAACCAAUCAAUACAUUGAGGCUGGACACAACUUACCCACCUACCUCGCCAAAAUCUCUUAUCAAGAGCCCACUGACAUUAAUGUGAACAAUUACUCUGAUAGUGAUCCAGAUGGCCUCAACUUUUUCGGGCGACUGCAAAAGUCCCCUGCCUACUUUGAAGCUUUCACUGGUCAUAUGGAAGCCUGGACAGCAUGGAAGACACCGUGGACUAAGGUCUACAACACAACUAAGUUGUUGGAGGGCGCCGAUUUGAGUAACGGCUCUCCAUUCGUGGUUGAUGUUGGUGGAAAUACCGGUAUCGAUAUCACCCAUGUCCUCAACAAGCAUCCAGAGCUGCCUGCCGGAUCUCUGGUCUUGCAAGACCUUCCUGAAAUCAUUGCCAAUUCUCAAGUCGAUAAGAGGAUUACCUCUAUGGCUCAUGACUUUUUCCUUCCCCAGCCUGUCCAAGGGAGCAGAGCUUACUUCAUGCAUGCCGUCCUUCACGACUGGCCCGAUGACAAGGCAAAGCAACUGCUGGAGAAUACCCGAGAUGCAAUGGUGAAGGGCUACUCAAAGCUCUUUGUCUACGACAUUGUUCUUCCGCCCACGGGAGCCAGUAUUAGCCAGGCUACAAUGGACGUGAAUAUGAUGUCGCUACUGUCAGCCUCGGAGCGGACCCAAGAGGCGUGGAAGAAGCUCUUGAGUAAUGCAGGCUUGCAGAUUGUCAACUUCUGGCCUGAUCCUCAGCAGUACGAGAUGAUUAUUGAGGCUGAGGUUGCGGGGUCAUCGAACGAUGUUUCAAAUGGUCACACCAACGGUCACUCAAACGGCCACUAUAAUGGUCACUAA